GCGUUGAGGAUCUCUCACUCUUACUGAUUGAGCACAAACCCGAGUCCUGUAAUUACAGCUGACAACACCUGCUUGUUUUGUGUUCUGUUGCGAUUAUCGCGAGCCAAUCAACUAAACGACCCUGGGUGUCUGUCGACGAGCAGUUGCCAAAUGUUAGACGUUGCGCAAUGAAAGUGACAGUGACAGAGUGACUUCUUGCAGAUAAAACAAGCUAUCUUAGCUCGCUAGCUAGCUCCGUGGGCAAAGUCAAACGUCUUUGGGUCUCUCUCCGUAGAGAAGAAAAGAGCUCGACCGAAGUGGGAGCUGUGUAGCUCAGCGUGUCCAGCAGCUACUUCCUCGGCUUUUCAUCUUUUUGCCUACAGCGUUACUUGAAAUGGCUUUGGUCACGGCGCUAAGAAGACUGGCUCACGUCAGGUUACGUGAAUUUUCGUGGAGGACGGCGGCGGUGACUUCGGGUGCCUGUCUGACGGGUCAGAGGAGGUUUACCGCCGGCACACAGUCUCUGAGGUCAGACAAUAAGGUGACGGUCCACUUCAUCAACAGAGACGGGGAGAAGAUCACAGUGAAGGGGUCACCUGGAGACUCGCUGCUAGAUGUUGUCAUAAACGAGGACCUCGACUUUGAUGGUUUUGGAGCGUGUGAGGGAACCCUGGCGUGCUCCACGUGCCAUCUUAUCUUUGACGAGGAUGUCUACAAGAGCCUGGGGCGAGUCACAGACGAGGAGUUGGACAUGCUCGACUUGGCCUAUGGCUUGACCGACACAUCUCGUCUGGGUUGCCAGAUCUGCCUGACGAAGUCUCUGGACGGCAUGGUGGCCCGGGUUCCGGAGAGCGUAGCGGACAUCCGACAGAGCAAAGACGGGUCGUCCUAACCGGGAGCCUGCGGACGCUGACAGUGUGGUUGCGCCCGGUCAGAACUGAGGGUAUCACACGUGCGCACGGGGACGAUGGCUGGUAGGUGUAGCGCUGUCAGCACUGCGGCAUCUGCUCGGCCGCCAUCGUACCGUCCCUUUUUAAAAGAGAGAAAGCAACAAAAAAUCCCUCCAAGUCACAGACAAGAGCCAGCUCUCAAAAACCACGAUGCAAGAAUACAGGACUUUAAUUCCAAACGAAGAUAAACUAGUUUUUUAUAUAAACUUGGCAAAAUUUUUAGAGUGAAACUAACUAACUCAGUGCACAGGAGCAUCUUUGUUCUCUAAUGGUUACAAAGUGUAAUGAUAUAAACUCUUAGCUAAGACACUGUCAGAAACAUGUGACUUUCGACAUCAGCUUACAGCAAACAGCAGGAUUCGUAGCUCUUCUCAUGUGCUGCUCACCUCCAGUUCGUGGCUGUGCCUUCAGUUAUCUCAAAAAGUAUCUUUUGCGUUUCUCCUGCGAGCGAACGUACGCAGACGCUCGCAUGUGUAAAUCCAGUCACAUCCACUGAACAAGGGGAAGGAAGAGACACACAGCUGAUUCAAACCUGUGACUGAAACUGACCUGUUCAUCAAUGCAACUAACUGUUCUAACGCCUUCGAGAUUGUGCUGAUGCUGACACCCCCCUCCCCAACAUUUUAUUCUAAACGUAUGUAUACCCCUUCUGUUGUUGUUUUUGAUCGAACCAUGUAACCAUAUAAUUUCAGGAUGUGAUUGUACAUAGCUAGAACACACACACGUGUAUCUGUGUUCAGAGUGAAAAGUAAUGUAAUAAAAAAGAAAUCCCCU